AUGAAAAGAGAAAAUCCAGGGCGUAUUUUUUCUUGACCAAUGCGUGUUCGGUGAUGCAUGCAGAUUGAUGAACAAUCAAUCACAAAGACUGAACUUGCUGCUGAGCUUUGCCGUCCUUCUCAGCCCACUGGAGUCCUGCUCUGGUAACUCCAAUUAGUCGGUUUUAGUACCCGGGUCUGUUUUAGAUUUCCGAUCCGUGCGUUGGGUUCACUGAAAGCUUCGGUGUUGAGAUCGAGGGUGGUCAGAAGCCGGCCAAUCCAAGCACUGGAGUGGCUUCUGAUAAAGAAGGGGAGAUGGGGAGAAGAGGCAGGGCUUGUGUGGUUGUUUUGGGCGAUUUCGGUCGGAGCCCUCGAAUGCAGUAUCACGCUCUCUCCCUCGCCCGUCAGGCAUCUUUGGAAGUAGAUGUUGUUGCAUAUGGAGGCUCCAAACCUCAUAAAGCCGUGCUUGAGCAAAGUUCGAUUCAUAUUCACGAGAUGAAACAUUGGCCAAGAACCCUGCAGUGGCUUCCAAAGCCGUUGACUCUUUUGGUUAAGCCAGUAUUCCAGUUUGUUGCUCUUCUUUGGUUUCUCUGUUUAAAGAUACCUCCUCCAGAUGUUUUCAUUGUGCAGAACCCACCUUCAGUUCCCACAUUGGUUGUAGUCAGAUGGGCUAGCUGGUUGAGGAAGGCAGCAUUGAUCGUUGAUUGGCAUAAUUUUGGAUAUACUUUGCUGAAAUUGUCCCUCGGAAAUAGUAGUCCAUUUGUGGCAGUAUACCAUUGGCUUGAGAAGCAUUACGGAAAGAUGGCUGAUGGUUCCUUCUGUGUGACGAGAGCAAUGCAACAGGAAUUGGCACAGAACUGGGGAAUUAGUGCCACCGUUCUUUAUGAUCGACCUCCAGAAUUUUUUCAUCCUGCUUCACUAGUGGAAAAGCAUGAGCUGUUCUGCAGGUUAAGUAAAAGUCUCAGCCUUCCCCCUGGUGUUCACGAUUGCAUCAGCUAUGGAGGUCUGACAGGGGGAAGCCAUGAGACCCCAUUCACCAUUCUCACUGGCUCUGAGAUUUUGUUGAAGGAAAAUAGGCCGGCUCUCAUUGUUAGUAGUACAAGUUGGACCCCAGAUGAAGAUUUUAGCAUUCUCUUGGAAGCAGCAGUAAUGUAUGAUAGGCGAGUGGCAGCUAUCUUAAGAGAAGAAGAUACUACUGACAGGGAGGUCCUUUGGAAGGAAAUGAAUGAUGGGAGGAAAUAUCCCUAUCCUAGGCUAUUGUUCAUAAUCACUGGCAAAGGGCCAGAGAAAGAGAAAUACGAGGAAAAGAUCAGGGCGUUGGACCUUAAACGGGUGGCAUUUCGUACCAUGUGGCUCUCAGCUGAAGAUUAUCCAUUACUUCUUGGAUCAGCAGAUCUCGGUGUAUGCUUGCAUACUUCCUCAUCAGGCCUGGACCUCCCAAUGAAGGUGGUGGACAUGUUUGGUUGUGGACUUCCUGUCUGUGCUGUUUCGUAUUCUUGUAUUGGAGAACUCGUGGAAGCGCACAGAAACGGUCUCCUGUUUUCAACAUCUUCGGAGCUAGCUGAUGAACUUCUGAUGCUACUCAAGGAUUUUCCGAACAAUUCUAAUGAACUGAAUUCACUAAGAAAUGGUGCAGUAGCCUCCACGACGUGGGCUAAUGAGUGGGAAGAGCAAGCUAAGCCGUUACUGAUGGAGGUUAUAUCUAAAAAAACCGGUUGAUUCCCUACCUCCUGUCCGAAACACUGCAUGCUCUUGUGAAAUGGAGCUUGAUAUGAAGAUGGAUGGAACAUCCAGCCAUACAAACUAUUCUGAUGGAAGUACAAUGUUAUCAGUGUGUCAAUACGAAGAAAUCCCCUUGCUCCCAUGUUUAUCCAUCUUUUUUGUAUAGGGACACAACUAGUCUGCAGUCUUUUGGUCAAUUUCAAGAGAAUACCGGAAUUUGCUACCCGAGAGAUGAUGCGGUUAUUACAGUUUCGUGAUAAUAUUAUAGUGCUUUUCUUCUAACAAAAUGGUGAUUUGUACUUCCAAGUUUUGACUGGCACUACGAUGCAGCUACUUAAUGUCGAAUCCGCUUUUUCAUUCCUACCAACUGCAAACAUGAGAAAGAGGCAGUUUUUCA